UAUCCCCCGCCAUUUUGUGAUCAGCAAGGUGGCCUCCACGUUUCCCGAGCGACUUCUCCGCUUUUGCCUCGCCCGCCCGCUGAUUACGGACAUGUCCCGGGACCGGUUCCGGAGUCGCGGGGGCGGCGGUGGCGGCUUUCACCGGCGCGGUGGCGGCGGCGGGAGAGGAGGCGGCCUAAGCCAUGACUUCCGUUCACCGCCGCCGGGUAUGGGCCUGAGCCAGAAUCGAGGGCCGCUGGGGCCAGGCCCCGUCCAGACCGGGCCUAAGCCCUCCAUCCCGCCGCCUCCGGCGCAGGUACUGGCGCAGCAACAAGCGCAACAGGCGGCCGCAGCAGCGGCAGCGGCUGCUGCAGCAGCCGCGGCGGCUCAGCAGCAACAGGCGUCGUCGCCAGACCCGCCGAAGCCAGGCAUCCCUCCCGGCAGCAGCCCCGGACCCACGGUGGGCACCGCCGCGCCGGCCUCUGUCUCCGCGCCAUCCGCGCCGCCCCCGGGCUCGGGAGGGCCUCCCGGCCCUGGCUCGGCGGCCUCCCAGGCCUCAUCCGGACCGUCGGCCCCUCCUGGGGGGCCUCAGCAGAGCUCGUCGACCCCGGCCUCAGUGUCCUCCGGCGCUAGCGGGGGCCCGCCCCCUCCGCCCCCGGGCGCCACGGGCCCUAAACCCGGUCCGAGUCCUGGCGGGCCCAAAGGGAAGAUGCCUGGAGGGCCCAAGCCUGGGGGGCCGGGCAUGACUCCGCCUGGAGGACACCCGAAACCUCCACACCGGGGCGGCGGGGAGCCCCGCGGGGGCCGGCAGCACCACCCGCCGUACCACCAGCAGCAGCCUCCGCCGCCGCCCCAUCACCAGGGACCCUCGCCCGGCGGGCCUGCGGGCCGCAGCGAAGAGAAGAUCUCGGACUCGGAGGGCUUUAAGGCAAAUUUGUCUUUGUUGAGAAGGCCUGGAGAAAAAACAUAUACACAGCGAUGUAGGUUAUUUGUUGGAAAUCUGCCAGCUGAUAUUACAGAUGAAGACUUUAAAAGAUUAUUUGCUAAAUAUGGAGAACCUGGUGAGGUCUUUAUCAACAAGGGCAAAGGAUUUGGUUUCAUCAAACUGGAAUCUAGAGCCCUGGCAGAAAUUGCAAAAGCAGAACUUGAUGAUACACCCAUGAGAGGGCGACAACUUCGUGUUCGAUUUGCCACACAUGCCGCUGCCCUCUCUGUACGAAAUCUUUCACCCUAUGUUUCCAAUGAAUUAUUGGAAGAAGCAUUCAGCCAAUUUGGACCUAUUGAAAGGGCUGUUGUGAUUGUUGAUGAUCGAGGGAGAUCUACAGGAAAAGGCAUUGUUGAAUUUGCUUCUAAGCCAGCUGCAAGAAAAGCAUUUGAACGAUGCAGUGAAGGAGUAUUUUUAUUGACAACAACUCCUCGUCCAGUCAUUGUGGAACCACUUGAGCAACUAGAUGAUGAAGAUGGUCUUCCUGAAAAGCUGGCACAGAAGAAUCCAAUGUAUCAAAAGGAGAGAGAGAACCCUCCACGAUUUGCUCAGCACGGCACCUUUGAGUUCGAAUAUUCCCAGAGAUGGAAAUCUUUAGAUGAAAUGGAAAAGCAGCAAAGGGAGCAGGUUGAGAAAAACAUGAAAGAUGCAAAAGACAAGCUGGAAAGUGAAAUGGAAGAUGCCUAUCAUGAACAUCAGGCAAAUCUUUUACGCCAGGAUCUAAUGAGGCGUCAAGAAGAGCUGAGACGGAUGGAGGAACUUCACAAUCAAGAAAUGCAGAAACGCAAAGAAAUACAGUUAAGGCAAGAGGAAGAACGACGUAGAAGAGAAGAAGAAAUGAUGAUUCGCCAACGUGAGAUGGAAGAGCAAAUGAGACGCCAAAGAGAAGAAAGUUACAGUCGGAUGGGAUACAUGGAUCCACGCGAGAGAGAGAUAAGAAUGGGUGCAGGAACAAUGAACAUGGGAGAUCCCUAUGGCUCAGGGAGCCAGAAAUUUCCACCUUUAGGUGGUGGUGGCAUAGGUUAUGAGGCCAGCCCUGGAGUUCCACCAACAGCCUUGAGUGGUUCCAUGAUGGGAAGUGACAUGCGUACUGAGCGCUUUGGGCAGGGAGGAGCUGGGCCUGUGGGUGGGCAAGGCCCUAGAGGAAUGGGACCUGGAACUCCAGCAGGAUAUGGUAGAGGGAGAGAAGAAUAUGAAGGCCCAAACAAAAAGCCCCGAUUUUAGAUGUGAUAUCUAGGCUUUCAUUCCAGUUUGUUUUUUGUCUUUUCUUGUUUAGACACCGAUCUUUUUAAUUCUUGCAUUUUAGUAAGAAAGCUACAUUUUUAUGGAUGUUAGAAAUUUAUUGACCUAAUACUUGUAAAUGGUCUGUUUGGGCGAGGAAAAUUAUGUAAUGCAGUGUUUCAAAAAGGGAGAAAAUCUAGCUUUUUUUUGAUGUAUAACGUCCCUAAAGUUAUGGCAGUGUACCGUGUGCCACUGAAUUCCCAACGUGUACCAAUUUUUUUUACUGUGCUUCAAAUAAAUAGAAAAAACUAGCUAUAAAUUUGAUCUUUAAUUUUGCCAUUCAUGCUUUCAUCAUAUUAGGUCAGGGAAUACACCUUGCAAGUUUAAGACUCUUGGCCUUUGAAAGGUACUUUUCAUUUGUGGGAUGAUCUAUUUAGAGGCAAGUUUUCUUUCCACAAAUGGUUCUAGUUUUAAAGAAGUAACGGUUACUGAAAGAAUAGUAAUUAUUUGCUUGCUGUGCAUUACACAUUAUACAGCAAUGAGGAUAAGCUGUCUUGAGUAUUUUGGAGAUGGUGAUGUAAGUUGAAGCAGAACUGUAAAUCUUCUGCAGGAAUAUGUAUCAAGAUUAUGGAAUGGGUUUUAGAACUGCUGGUGGCGGGAGGAGGGUGGGCUGGCUGAGUUUUUUUUAAAUAGCCCUAUCUAUGACUUUUACCCUGUGCUUAGUAGUUUUUAAAGUUGGGAAAAAAUAGGUCAUUUCACCCCUCCUUUUACCCCAAGACCAAACCCUAAAGAAUGGCUUGUAUUGACUUCUUCCAAAUUAAAGAUUGUUAAAUGUGAA